CCACAUUGUGCUGCCUCUCUUGCUGUGUGUCUGGGCCUGGUGGUGCUUGCUUAACGUGAAACGUUCUCCCAGAGGUCUCAGCUAGCAAACCCUGAGCCGCCAUGUCCAAACCCUUGUCUGACCAUGACAGGAGGAAGCAGAUCUCGGUGCGAGGCCUGGCCGGUGUUGAUAAUGUCACCGAGCUGAAGCAGAAUUUCAACAGGCACCUCCACUUCACGCUGGCCAAAGACAGAAAUGUGGCGACAAAAAGGGAUUACUACUUUGCUCUUGCCCACACUGUCCGGGACCACUUGAUCGGCAGGUGGAUCAGAACCCAGCAGCACUACUAUGAGAAAGAUCCCAAACGUGUGUACUACAUCUCUCUGGAGUUCUACAUGGGCCGCACCCUCCAGAACACCAUGGUGAACCUUGCACUGGAAAAUGCCUGCGAUGAAGCCACAUACCAGUUGGGUCUGGACAUGGAGGAACUUGAGGAUAUGGAGGAAGACGCCGGUUUGGGAAAUGGUGGACUUGGGCGACUAGCCGCUUGUUUCCUGGACUCAAUGGCGUCCCUCGGCCUGGCUGCCUAUGGUUACGGUAUCCGCUAUGAAUUUGGUAUCUUCAAUCAGAAAAUAAUGAACGGCUGGCAGGUUGAAGAGGCUGAUGACUGGCUGCGCUAUGGCAACGCCUGGGAGAAAGCACGUCCUGAGUACAUGCGCCCUGUGCACUUCUACGGCAGGACUGAGCAUCACCCUGACGGUGUCAGAUGGGUUGACACUCAGGUAGUUUUAGCCCUGCCAUAUGACACCCCAGUCCCUGGCUACAGAAACAACGUAGUCAACACCAUGAGGCUGUGGUCUGCAAAGGCGCCAUGCGAAUUUAACCUUAAAGACUUCAAUGUUGGUGGCUACAUUCAGGCUGUGCUGGACCGUAACCUGGCUGAGAACAUUUCCCGUGUGCUGUAUCCCAAUGACAACUUCUUCGAGGGCAAGGAGCUGCGUCUGAAGCAGGAAUACUUUGUGGUGUCUGCCACCCUGCAAGACAUCAUUCGCCGUUUCAAGGUCUCCAAGUUUGGCUCCAGGGAGAUUGCUCGCACAGAUUUCAGCAAACUGCCUGACAAGGUUGCCAUCCAGUUGAAUGACACUCACCCGGCUAUGGCUAUUCCUGAGUUGAUGAGGGUUCUGCUUGAUGAAGAGAAACUUCCAUGGGAUAAGGCCUGGGAUGUGUGCGUGCGAACCUGUGCUUACACCAAUCACACAGUUCUCCCAGAGGCUCUGGAGCGAUGGCCAGUGGACCUGUUUGCCCAUCUGUUGCCCCGCCACUUGGAAAUUGUCUAUGAAAUCAAUCGUCGCCACCUGGAGAACGUUGCGGCAAAGUUCCCUGGUGAUGUUGAUCGUCUGAGCCGUAUGUCCCUAAUUGAAGAAGGAGGACAGAAGAGGAUCAACAUGGCCCAUUUGUGCAUCGUUGGGUCUCACGCAGUCAAUGGCGUGGCCCAGAUCCACUCGGACAUCCUCAAAGCCACUGUCUUCAAGGACUUCUAUGAAAUGGAACCACAGAAGUUCCAGAACAAGACAAACGGCAUCACCCCUCGCCGUUGGCUGGUGAUGUGUAACCCUGGCCUGGCUGAGGUCAUCGCCGAGAGAAUCGGCGAGGAUUUCAUCCGUGACCUUGACCAGUUGCAGCGUCUGCGCAAGUUUGUGAACGACGACGCUUUCAUCCGUGAUGUUGCCAAAGUGAAGCAGGAAAAUAAAUUGAAAUUUUCCAUGCACUUGGAAGAGCACUAUAAGGUUAAGAUCAAUCCAAGCUCCAUGUUUGACGUUCAAGUCAAAAGAAUCCACGAAUACAAGAGGCAGCUUCUCAACUGUCUGCACAUCAUCACCUAUUACAACCGAAUCAAGAGAGAGCCCAACAAGCAGUGGACUCCGAGAACCAUCAUGAUUGGAGGAAAGGCUGCUCCUGGCUACCACACUGCCAAGAUGAUUAUUCGUCUGAUCACAGCUAUCGGCGAAGUGGUCAACAAUGAUCCCGUGGUGGGAGACAGGCUCAAAGUCAUCUUUUUGGAGAACUAUAGAGUCACGCUUGCCGAGAAAGCCAUCCCAGCUUCUGACCUGUCCGAGCAGAUCUCCACAGCGGGCACUGAGGCCUCCGGCACUGGCAACAUGAAGUUCAUGCUGAACGGUGCUCUGACCAUUGGAACCAUGGAUGGAGCCAAUGUGGAAAUGGCUGAGGAGGCGGGUGGGGACAAUCUCUUCAUUUUUGGCAUGAGGGUGGAAGAUGUUGAUGAAAUGGACAAGAAAGGAUACCAUGCUCAGGAGUACUACAAUCGCAUGCCUGAGCUGAAACAAGCGAUUGACCAGAUUGCUGGAGGCUUCUUCAGCCCAAAGCAGCCUGACUUGUUCAAAGAAAUCGUCAACAUGUUGAUGCACCAUGACAGAUUUAAAGUCUUCGCUGAUUAUGAGGACUAUAUUAAAUGCCAGGAGAAAGUUAACGCGCUUUAUAAGAACCCCAAGGAAUGGACCAAGAAGGUGAUCUACAACAUUGCUGGAUGUGGAAAGUUCUCCAGUGACCGCACCAUUGCCCAGUAUGCCCGUGAGAUCUGGGGGAUGGAGCCGACGCUCGAGAAACUCCCUAACCCUGAUAAACUAGACUAAACUGGCCACAUGACAGCAUCAUCAACAUCAUCAUAAAUAUGAACUUGUCUUAACUUUCAAGAUUGAGGCUGUGCCAGGCGGUUAAAGUGCAUCCGAAAGGUUCAUCCACAGUUUCAAAUUAAAUUCUACCUGCAUCACUUCACAGUGUCACAAACAAAACCCAUAGCUACACUUUGCAUGU